AUGGUCGGUAAAGUCAGUGAGAAGGUCCUCCUUCGGGAAGGACUUGAACGAACCGACAAUGGCAUGAAGCAGACGAGCUGGCCUGAUGUUACGCCAAUCAACCAAAAGAACUAUUACACUGACUACAUGAAACGCGAUGACCAAGUAUUAGCACUUCGACUGCAGGCCGAAGCGAAUAGAGAUAGACUCGUUCAGAGUGCCAAGGAUCGCGAUCGUGCUCUUGCGCGCAACGGACACGCUGAAGUACCGUUACCAGUUCCAGAUAUCCAAACCGAGGAUGCUGCUCCAGCAGUCAGCGAGGGCUUGGACCCUUCCAAGGUUAUUGUCAUACAUCCGGGGAGCCAGAAUCUCAGAAUAGGUUUUGCUAGCGACGCCUUGCCCAAGACUAUACCCAUGGCAAUUGCGACCAAGUUCCCCCAAACCGAAUCCGAAAUGCAUGAGGCUCUUCCUCGCCGACAGUUUGAAGCCGCGACUACAGACCAACAAUAUGGAGAGGAAUGGUCUAAGAAGUAUCAGAAGAUGUCUAAUGAUCUCAAGGUGGAUAUGCGAUCUAGGAAGCUUAGAGUGCUGCCAAAUUCAAAAGAGUUGGUUGUGAACCAUAAUAGACGAACUGAAUCGAAAGAGAUCUCACUACAUAAUGACCCUCUCCAGAUCGAAUGGACCGACGUUAAGACUCUUGAAGAUCCCAACUCGCUCGCCUCAUGCUUCAUAGGUCAGGCGGCCCAGCGUAUCCCCGACGACUCUAACCCCAAAUUCAAGCUAUGGUGGCCGAUGCAACACGGCUGGCUAAACGAGGACGAUUAUACGACUGCAGAGCAUUUAUAUGACGACUUCGAAACCCUUCUAGACAAGGCUAUUAGGCAUGAGCUUGGACUGACUAGGAAUAGUACAUGGAAGAACUAUAGCUGCGUCUUCGUGAUUCCUGAUUUGUACGACAAGAAAUACGUGGAACAGAUUCUCAAGUCGGGCAUGACUUGGUUCGAAUUUAGUCGGAUAUGUUUUAUUCAGGAGAGCAUGGCUGCGACAUUCGGUGCUGGGUACACGCAAGCGUGCGUGGUCGAUGUCGGGGCCCAAAAGACCUCGAUCGCGUGUGUUGAAGACGGGCUCUGCGUCGAGGACUCCCGCGUCAACCUCAAGUACGGCGGCUAUGAUGUGACGGAGACAUUUAUGAAGAUGAUGCUUUACGACCACUUUCCUUACCAGGAUAUUAAUCUUAGGAGACGGUAUGACUUUCUCCUAGCUGAGGAAUUAAAGAUCAAAUAUUGCACGAUGACCCAGACCGAUAUUUCAGUACAACUCUAUACUUUCCACCUCCGCGCUCCAAACCAACCGACGCGCGAGUACAGCUUUAAGACAUACGAUGAAGUCAUCCUCGCCCCGAUGGGCUUUUACGAGCCGGCUAUAUUUGAUAAUUCGGCCAAGAUACGUAGUCGGCGCAAACUAAUUGACCGCUCUUACAAUGCGUACGACGUCGGCGUACCCGACGACCCAGUUUCUGCGGCGCAGACUGCUAUUCUCGCUCUCAUCAAGCCUUCCGUAGUAUCCAAUGCCAACGGUUUCCCGUCAUCAUCUCUCGACCCUAACGUUGCUACGCCCAUGAAGGAGAAAUCUCAGCCCUUUAAUUUUCUUAGGGGCGACCUCAACAACGGGACGCCAGGUGGCUCGGCCGCAGCCUCGCCGGCCCCCGAAGGAGCAGCUACUCCCGUCCCACCGACUUUCCACUUUGGCGCCAACGGUACGGUAACAGGGACCGGUAGCCCAGCACCGAACGGGACAUCAACCGCGCGCAACGGGGCGUCCCCAGCUCCACCAGCAGGCAUGUUUGUAGACUCGGCAGCGCGCACGGCCAAGGCGCUGGCCGCGGAGCGGGAUGCUGUGCUGCCCGUGGUACCGCUCGACAUCGCGAUCCUGACGAGCAUCCAGAACGCAGCCAAAGGCGACGACAAGAAGCUGCGCGAUUACAUCGGCAGCAUCAUGGUCGUGGGCGGGGGCUCCAAGACCCCCGCCUUCACGCAGAUGCUCCACGAGAAGCUCAAGGCUCGCCGUCCCGAACUCGCCGACCGCGUGCUUAUCACGCACUCGGCCCGCGAUAUGGACGAGCAGGUCGUCGUCUGGAAGGGCGCUAGCGUCUUCGCCAAGCUCCCGGCCAAUGACUCCUGGAUCACGCCCUUCGAAUUCGAGAGGUUGGGUGCCAGGGUCCUGCACCAUAAGGUUCUUUGGGCUUGGUAG